CCCGGGCAGCGGCUGUGGCCGGCGGACGCUCAGCGCCGGGCCGAGACAAGGGGAGGGGGAAACCGGGGUCCCGGAGCUACGUCACUGGUGGUACUCCGUUGCCAAGGAGACCGGGGUCCUGGAGCAACGUCACCGCGGGGACCCCGUUACCAAGGAGACCUGGGUGCCACUGCUACGUCACCAGAGGGACCCCGUUACUAAGGAGCUCGGGGUCCCGGAGCUACGUCACUGGUGGUACCCCGUUACCAAGGAGACCGGGGUCCCGCAGCUACGUCACCAGAGGGACCCCGUUACCAAGGAGACCGGGGUCCCGGAGCUACGUCACCGGGGGACCCGGUUACCAGCAAGGCCUGGGUUCUAGAGCUGUGUUGCCAAGGAGGCUGAAGUUCUAGAUCCUUGUUGCCAAGGCAACCCGGGAUCAUGCCCACCAGCCUGGCUGCCCUGGAGGCCGGGGGGCUCUAGCGCUGCGUUGCUAGGAGACCAGGGUUCUAGAGUGCCAGCACCGAGAGGAGGGGUCAGGCAAGGGCUCCGGCUGCGCAGGAGCCUGGUUGCCAUGCUGACCGGGUGUGAGUUCUAGAGCAGCGUUGCCAAGAGACACGAUGUUCGGGAGCCACUUUCCUGUGGGUGGGGGGGCAGGUUUUCUAGACUGGCGUUCGUGAGAGGUUCUCGGUCCUGAGGGCAGAGGGAACAGCUAGAGACAAGCGCGGGACGGGGGUGUUUCUGGAGCUCUGUCAGGAAGGGGGGUUCUAGAGCCAUAGAGCAGGGGGUCUAGAGCUGGGAAAGGGCCCUGCCAGGCUCCAGAACUGCUUUGCACAGGAAGGCAAAGGGGAUCCAGAGCUGGGGAAGGGGGAGGGGUCCAACCCGUCCCUCUCCCUCUAUCUCAGCCUCCAUGGCCCCCAUGCUUUGGUUCCCCUGAGCCCCCGGGGGGGCGGUAGCAGGGUCCCCCCACCCCCUGCAGGGAGCCAGUGCACUUUAGCAGCAGCCAGGGGGAGGAGACGAUGCCGUGAGCUGCUGUGUCGUCAGCUACUUAACGAGGGAGGGAAUGGGAGGGAAUUAAUUCCCCCCCCCCCAACACACGCACAGGGCAGGAGAGGCUGGGGCAGGAGCUGGAUAAAUUUCCAGCCACUGCUACCAUGAGUUGCUCCGGUCUCAGCCAGUAAACUGUUCAGAGAAGAAUAGAACCCAGGCGUCCUGGCUCUCAGCCCCCCCGCUCUAACCCACUAGACUCCACUCCCCUCCCAGCGCUGGGAUAGAACCCAGGAGUCCUGACUCCCAGCACCCCCUCCCCAAUGCUGGGGAGGGGGAGCCGGCCAUGCCGUCUGAGGCCCUGCCCUGCUUCCAGCUGCUGCGCAUGGGCCCAGCCUGCCCGGGGGAUGACCCGAACCGGGACCUGCACACCUUCCGGCCAGCCGGGCCGCACUGCACCUACCGGCUGGGGCGCCGGGCCGAGGUCUGCGACGUCCCCCUGUUGUCGGAGCGCAACCCGGGGCUGGUGUCCCGCAUCCACGCCGAGAUCCACGCCGAGAGGGACCCACACAGCACCGCCGGGGAGUGGCGGGUCUGCCUGGUGGACUGCAGCACCCACGGCACCUACGUCAACGCUGUGCGGGUGCCCCGGGGCCAGCGCCUGGAGCUGAGCGACGGAGACCUGGUCACCUUCGGCCACCCGGACCCUGUGCCCGAGGGCUGUGCCCUGGCGCCCCCGCCUGGCGACUCGGAGUUCUGCUUCCUCUUCCAGAAGGUGCGGGUGCAGCCCCAGGAUUUCGCCGCCAUCACGGCCCCCAAGGCCCCCUGGCCGCUCCCCUGCGGCUUCAAACCCGUGCUGCCCGGCGGCAACCAUCGCAUCCGGCCGCUAGCCCGGCCCGUGGGGCCCUCCCGCCCCUCCCGCCCCAAGGCCACCCUGAUCCUCAGCUCCAUCGGCAGCAUCAGCAAGCUCAAGCCGCAGCCGCUGACGUUCACCCUGAGCCGGGGCCCGAGGUCGGAGCCGCCCGCCCGGCCCGGGGCCUCCAGGAACCGUCGGAAGUCGGCCCACACGCUGCUCCCCGAGCUGGAGGACGAGGUGACCCGGCUGGAGGAGGAGCAGUGGCCUUGCGAGCCGGACGGAUACAGCUGCCAAAGCCCGCUGCGGAGGGCGCCGGAGGGGGCGGGGAGCGGCAGGGCGCAGCCGGACGCGCGACUGAAGGUCCAAGUCACGCCAAGCGGGAAGCGGCGGGGGCGGCCGCGGAAGCACCCGCUGCGUGACACCUGCCAGGUGUUCUCGCAGACGCUGCUGGCGGCGGAGCCUUGCGCGGCCCCGCGCUGCCGCCUGCCCCAGGACGAGACGGUGCAGUGGGUGCAGUGCGACGGCUGCGACGCCUGGUUCCACGUGGCCUGCGUGGGCUGCAGCUACAGCGCCGUCCAGGAGGCCGACUUCCGCUGCGGGGGCUGUCGCACGUAGCCACGGGGCAGUGGGGGACGGAGCACGGGGCGGCCAGGAGACCGGAGACUGUGCAAGAUGGGCAGGGAGUGGUGAAACCGUGCCAGGCAAUUGUGGGUGCAGACAGUGACUGGUGAAACUGUGCCAGGCGAUUGUGCGCACACAGGCAGCGACUGGUGAAACCAUGCCAGGCGAUUGUGCGUGCAGACAGUGACUGGUGAAACCGUGCCAGGCGAUUGUGAGCACACAGACAGUGACAGGUGAAACUGGGCCUGCCGAUUGUGCACACACAGGCAGUGACUGGUGAAACCAUGCCAGGCGAUUGUGCGCACACAGGCAGUGACUGGUGAAACCAUGCCAGGCGAUUGUGCGCACACAGGCAGUGACAGGUGAAACAUGACACCUUAGAAGGGACUGGUGAAAUCGUGGGAGACAAGCAGCGACAGGUGAAACAUGACACCUUAGAAGGGACUGGUGAAAUCAUGGGAGACAAGCAGUGACUGGUGACAUUGUGCCAGGCGAUUGUGCAUGCACAGGCAGUGGCGGGUGAAAACAUGCACACCCUCACAGUGACUAGUGACACCAUGCCAGCCAAGUGGAGACUGGGUGAAAACAACCGAGGAGCGGGAAGCAAGAAACGUAAGCCGGACACGUGGCUGGCAAUGAAAACAAGAGAUGGCCGGCUUGUGACUUGUGCAAAGACGAUUGUGCAAACCUGGGAGCCGAGCACGUCCCCCUGGGCUGGGAUUUUUGUCCCCGAGCAGGGAAUGGAACACGGGGCCUUUUCCCCUCUAUGGGGCACUGGCUCCACAAUCCAGCCCCGCACGUGAGCCGUGGCUUGUGAAAAUGUGCCCGGCGGGCGGGAGCCAGUGGAGCACCAAUGCAUGAGCAGCGCCUCACGCUGACCGUGCCGGGCUAUCACUCCCAAUCGGGCUGGGCGUUUGCCCGGUGCCUCAUCAGAGCAUUCGGCAGUCGUGCGCAGCACGAGCAUUGAAGCAGACGACUCGCAGAGAUUACACAAAACAAGACAGCUGUGCAGCCUCGCACGAGGAUAUGACCUGGCCGUUUUCACACCCACGGGGACUCCAGGAGGGCAUCCAGGACACACACACACACACACACCCCCCGUGCGAUUGUAUCGUCCGCCAGCCUUUACACCCCAUUCCCUUCCUUCUUUCCGUAGCAGCCGCUUCUCCGUGCACCUGGAUUUCCCCGUGCGAAUAAUCCCAAUCAUCAUGGCCUCCCGUGGAGCCGCUUCCCCGCUCCCUUCUUCCUUCCAGGGGAGGGGAGACGGAAAAGAAGGGAGUGAAAAUGCACCAGAAAGGCCAGAAGCACUGGAGUUUUCAGCCUGUUCCUAAAACGGGGUUCUUCUUCCUACACCUAAACCGGACCUUUCCUGCCCACGACGCUGGUGAAUGCCCCCCCGCCCCGCCCCGUGCGGAGACACGGAUCCACCUCUCCCCGGGUUCUUUUUUCCUUCUUUCGCUCUGGCACCAAAAAAAAAAAAAAAGGGGGUUUCUAACCAAUCACCUGUUCGUUUUUCUCCACCCUUCCACUCCACUUGCGCCCAUUGCAGUCUAACCUGCACCGCUGGACCAACCCCCGGCGAAUGGUUUGUGUGUAACUCCCACCCACUCUGAAAUCGCUGCAGCACAGGGUGUGCCUAGCUCCCCCCUCAGCUACUGCGCACCUGCUGGCGGGAGGCUGGUAUUGCAAGCCUGGGAAUUGACUCCCCGGGGGCAGGAGAAGCCGAGGGGCACCCCCAGGGGGGAACUGUGGCUCAGGGGGCAGGGAGCUGGGAGACCAAGA